AUGCAUUUCACCACCAUCUUGGCCACCAUGGCCGUCACAGUGGCUGCCGCCAAGGAUAGACGUACCUUUGCGACUCUUCAGCACAAGGGUCGGGGACCAUUGACGACAUGCAGAGCCGAUCCCAUCGUCUCACCAGGAGGCCCUUCUGCCCACGUCCACGCCGUCAUGGGUGCCAGCAACUUUGGCUUCAACGUUACCGGAGAGUCUCUGCGCCAGUCCAAGUGCACCACAGCCAAGCCAAAGGCUGACAUGAGCUCAUACUGGGUUCCUUCACUCUACUUCAAGGACCCCGAGACCGGACUCUUGGAGCCCGUCGAGUUCUUUUACAUGGUCAACUAUUACUUCUUCGACGCCACCGACGACGAUAUCAAGGCUUUCCCUCUCGGUCUCCAGAUUGUCAGCGGAAACCCCACUCUGAGGUCAAAGCCCAGCCAUGUCUCUGAUGGCGCCCUUCAGCUGGAUCCCUCCAAGCCCAUCCAGGCCGCUCAGAUCACUUGCCCUCGCCCCAACUACAACCCCCCUAGCUGGCCUGACAACUCGGACGGCUCCAGGGCUGGUCUUGGUGACCCGAUCAACAAGGGUGCUGGUUAUGGCUUCCCCUUCCAGAACUGCGACGCCUAUGCCUCUCCCAUGCGCGUGGAUGUCCACUUCCCCUCUUGCUACAACCCCGCCGCCGGCCUCACCAACUACAAGAACAACAUGGCUUUCCCUACCCCUGUCGGCGGCAAGCUCAACUGUCCCAAGGGCUGGAUCCACGUCCCUCACAUGUUCUUUGAGACCUACUGGAACACCCCCAAGUUCUUGCCUCGCUACCAGCACUUGCUUGGCAAGGAGAGCCCUUUCGUCUUCUCCAACGGUGAUGCCACUGGUUUCUCGGCUCACGGUGAUUUCAUCUCCGGCUGGGACGAGGAGGAGCUUCAGCACAUCAUCGACACCUGCGACGCUGGCCAUGCCGGUCUUCACAACUGCCCCGGCCUCAAGCAUGGUGUCAACCCUGACAGCGAGAGCUGCAACAUUGAGUGCCCCAUCCAGGAGAAGAUUGCCGGCACCCUUGACAAGCUUCCCGGCAACAACCCCAUCGCUGGUUGGAAAUAUGGCGGCGGCAAUGUCUCGCCCGCUCCCGCUCCUGCUGUUCCCGAGCCCGAGCCUGUCGUCGAGAAGCCCGAGCUGGAGACUCCCAAGUCCAGCAGCGCCCCUGCUAUCAAGGUAGAGCCAUCAACUUCUGCUGCCCCCGCUCCGGCCCCGUCGUCGAGCUCUGUUGCUGCGCCGCCCCCACCUUCCACCACCCUUGUCACCGUUCCCGCUCCCGCCCCCACCAAGGUUGAGGAACCCCCUGUCGUUGAGAAGCCCGAGCCUACCAGCGAGGCUGUCCUUCCUCCUGCGGCUUCUCCCAAGGUCAGGAUUGUCUACGACACCGUCACCGUCUGGCAGACCAGGACCGUCUACGAGGCCCCUGCCGGCCCCACCCAGUCUGCCAAGUCUGGUGCUGAGAUCUCGGGCUUCAAGGCUGCCGGCUGCUACAAGGACCAGUCUGACCGUGUCAUCUCUGGCAAGAUUCUCCCCAACAUUGGCCAGGUGAGCAACACCGCCUGCGUCGAGUACUGCUCUUCCAAGGGCUUCUCUGUUGCCGGCACCGAGUACGGCGGCGAGUGCUACUGCGGCAACAGCCUCAACACUGUCGAGAAGCUUGACGACUCCAAGUGCAACAUGACCUGCAAGGGUGAUGCCAGCCAGAAGUGCGGUGGUGACUGGGCCUUGACCGUCUUCACCAAGGGCGGCGCUGCCCCUGCCAAGGCUGAGAAGCGCCAUGUGCGCAACCACAACCACCUUGCGCACCACGCCCGCAUUCCCUCUCGUCAUCUCCACCGGAGGUAG